AUGUGGCUCCUGGAGAAAGCUGGCUACCGGGCGGGGGCCGCGGAGCCCGGGCCCCGCUGGGCGCCCCGCAGCCUGCUCCCCAAGCGCCGCGCCCCGGGCCCCGCGCCGCCCGCCUGCCCCAACGUCCUCACGCCCGACCGCAUCCCGCCCUUCUUCAUCCCCCCGCGGCUCCCGGGCCCCGGCCCCUCCGAGCCGCAGGCCGGGCGCGCGGCGGGGGGGCGCGGCGGCCUCCCGGGGGCCUGCUCGCUGCCGCACCUGGCGGGCCGCGGGGGCUGGCCCUUCCUGCCCGAGAGCCCGCACACGCGCCGGCGGGAGUCCCUGUUCCACCCGCGGCCGCCCGGCCCGGACACGCCGCCCCCGGCGCCCGCGCGGCUGCACGUGUCCGCCCCGGACCUGCGCCUCUGCUGGGCGCCCGACAGCGACCCGGCCUCGUCGCCCGACUCGUCGCCCUCCUUCGGCUCCCCGCGGCCGCACUCGCGGCCCCCGGAGGAGGAGGAGGAGGAGGAGGGGAGCUCGGCGGACGCCAGCCCGCACGCGCCCCGCCGCGGGGAGCCGGUCCGGCCGCCGCUCUUCCACCUGGACGUGCUGUGCCGCCGCCUGCGGCCCGCGCGGGACAGCCUGCUGCGCCUGGGGCCGCGCGGCGGGCAGCUGCGCCUCUCCGCCGAGUACCAGGCCGGGCCCGGGCGCCUGCGGCUGCGCCUGGUCAGCGCCGAGGGCCUGCCCCGCUGCAGGGCCGGGCCCGGGAGCUGCGGCAGCGGCUGCUUCGUGGUGCUCGGGCUGCGGCCUCGUCUCCGGCCGCGGGGUCAGCGCAGCCGCGUGGUCCGGUGCAGCGCCAACCCCAUCUUCAACGAGGACUUCUAUUUCGACGGGCUCAGCCCUCUGGACCUGGCCGCCCGCCGCCUGCGGGCCAAGGUGCUGGACAAGGGCGCGGGGCUGCGCAGGGAUGUGCUGCUGGGCGCGUGUGAGACGCCCCUGCUGGCCCUGCUGCCCCCCUUGGGUGGGGGGCUAGGCCCAGGGACCUCUCUGGCACCUGUCCAUCUCACCCUGUAG